AUGCGUUGGGCCCUUGGGACUUGCUUUCCUUCAUUUAAACCUGGCACACCUCCGGUAACACUGCCUGAGCUGGACGUUGUCCUCGCGCAGCAGGAGGAGGCUGCUGCUCAGCGCAGAGCAACAGCUCUCCAACAAGCCCCAGACCGCGGCGGAGGCUGGCGGCGACGAAGGGUGGCCGACUGGACGGGAGCCACGUAUCAGGAUAAGCGAUACACAAACAAGUACUCGUCGCAGUUUGGUGGCGGAAGCCAGUAUGCCUAUUUCCAUGAGGAGGAUGAGACUAGCUUCCAGCUGGUGGAUACGGCACGAACGCAGAAAACGGCGUACCAGAGGAAUCGGAUGCGAUUUGCACAGAGGAACCUUCGGAGAGACAAGGACCGUCGGAACAUGCUGCAGUUCAGCAUGCAGACGCUGCCAAAGAGUGCCAAGCAGAAGGAGAGAGAUCGUUUGCGCCUGCAGAAGAAGUUUCAGAAACAGUUUGGAGUGAGGCAGAAAUGGGACCAAAAGUCACAGCAGAAGCCUCGUGACUCCUCUGUUGAAGUCCGCAGUGAUUGGGAGGUGAAGGAAGAGAUGGAUUUCCCUCGGCUGAUGAAGAUGCGCUACCUGGAGGUGUCGGAGCCGCAGGACAUAGAGUGCUGUGGAGCCCUAGAAUACUAUGACAAAGCCUUUGACCGCAUUACAACAAGGAAUGAGAAGCCACUGAGGAGCAUUAAGCGCAUCUUCCAUACCGUCACUACUACUGAUGACCCAGUCAUCCGAAAGCUGGCAAAGACCCAAGGGAAUGUGUUUGCCACAGAUGCCAUCCUGGCUACCCUGAUGAGCUGCACUCGCUCUGUCUAUUCCUGGGACAUCAUUGUCCAGAGAGUUGGAUCCAAGCUUUUCUUUGACAAGAGGGACAAUUCUGAUUUUGACCUCCUGACUGUGAGUGAAACAGCCAACGAGCCACCCCAGGAAGAGGGCAACUCUUUUAAUUCUCCGCGCAACCUUGCCAUGGAAGCUACCUACAUCAAUCAUAACUUCUCCCAGCAGUGUCUAAGGAUGGGAAAGGAGAAAUACAAGUUUCCCAACCCAAACCCCUUUGUGGAGGAUGACAUGGAUAAAAACGAAGUAGCCUCUGUUGCAUACAGAUACCGAAGGUGGAAGCUAGGAGAUGAUAUAGAUCUCAUUGUCCGAUGUGAACAUGAUGGGGUGAUGACGGGAGCAAGUGGAGAAGUGUCCUUCAUCAACAUCAAAACACUGAACGAGUGGGAUUCCAGGUAUUGCAAUGGAGUAGACUGGCGCCAGAAGCUCGACUCCCAGAGGGGAGCUGUGAUUGCCACAGAGCUGAAAAACAACAGCUACAAAUUAGCCCGCUGGACGUGUUGCGCGCUGCUGGCUGGAUCAGAGUACCUUAAACUCGGGUAUGUGUCCCGUUACCACGUGAAGGACUCUGCCCGCCACGUGAUCCUGGGCACGCAGCAGUUCAAGCCCAACGAGUUCGCCAGCCAGAUCAACCUGAGCAUCGAGAACGCCUGGGGCAUCCUGCGCUGCGUCAUCGACAUCUGCAUGAAGCUGGACGAGGGCAAGUACCUCAUCCUGAAGGACCCCAACAAGCAGGUGAUCCGCAUCUACAGCCUGCCCGAUGGCACCUUCAGCUCUGACGAAGACGAGGAGGACGAGGAGGAAGAGGAGGAGGAGGAAGGUUCGUAG